GGAGGUUUUUGGGAAAGAAGGAGCGGAGAUGGCACAGAACGGCGGCGCUGAUGGCGCCUGUGAGAACUGGGAGCUCACCAAGGACAUGCUGCUGGAGGACCAAACCCCGAGGAAAGCACCCAAAAGAGCGCUGCUCUCACUCCCGCCCUCGUCCCCGCAAAGAGCCGUUGUGCUGCUGGCCCUGCUGCUGGCCCUCAGCUUUGUGCUCCUCUUGGCUCUUACCAUCGUGAGCAUCCGAAGAGUGUCUGCAGUGCAGGAAGAGCUGGAGCGAACGCGGCUGCAGAACAAGCAGAGCCACGCCACGGCCUGGCACAACCUCUCAGAGGUCCAGCACGCCCUCGAUACGCAGCUCUCGGCCGAGCUCCACGCGAUUCACAGCCGCCUGCUGAACGUGUCGAGAGAAGUGGAGGAGGCGCAGCGGAGCGUGGCGCAGUGCAGAGCGCAGUGUGGGACGGAGCUGUGGGACCGCAUCCGAGCCCUGGAGGGAAGGGACGCCUUGCAGCCGGCUCUGCAGCAGCUGGAGGAGCUGAGGCAGGAGCAGAGCCGCGUAUCCGCGCUGCUCAGCACAACGCUGGAGGAGGCGCAGAACCUCACGGAGAUGUUCUGCACCAGGUGUCCCGCUGGCUGGCAGCAGUUUGCCAAAACCUGCUAUUAUUUCUCCACUGAAAAGAAGUCGUGGAUCGAGGCUCGAGCCGCCUGCUCCAUGCUGGGCGCUCAGCUGGCCAUCGUCAACAGCGAGCUGGAGAACAAAUUUCUGGCCAACCACAUCAUGGAGAUACGGGUUUUCUGGCUGGGCCUGAGCGACAUGCAGAAAGAAGGCUACUGGGAGUGGUUGGACGGCCAGUCCCUCUCUAUCUCGUUUUGGAAGAAAGGCGAACCCAACAACGUGGGGCAGCACGGCGAGGACUGCGCCACCGUGUCCUCCAGCGGCCUUUGGAAUGAUGCCACCUGCACCAGCCCCGAGGCCUGGAUCUGUGAGCGCAGCUGCUGACGGGUUCGAAAUGGGGGAGCAAACAAACGGAAAACCGAGCGCGAGGCGGAGGGCGGCGUUCCGCUGUCGUGACGAGCGUGGAGGAAGUGCUGAGAAUGGGAGAAAAACCAAGAGCAGAUCGGCCAAACGAAGGGGGAAAUUGGUUUCUUUCUGUUUGUUUGGUUGGUUUUUUGACCUACGUGGGGUUUUGCUUUGGAAAAGAAGGAGUCAGCAUGGGAGGAAGCGUCAGGGUGCAGCGCUGCGGUGCUGGGGACGGAGCCGGCGGCGAGGCAGAGAUUUCAGCGCUGUUUGCUCCCCUUUUUCCACCCGUUUUCCCAAAGCUCGACUCGUCGUCCCUCGA